UCCAUCACAACAGUGGUCACGAUACGGGUUCUCCUCUUCACCAAACAAUCCCUUCUUACGCAUGCGCAUUAUGUUGUGAGUGACGCUAGGCUUCCGUAGUACCUCAGUUGUACGUCAGUUCCGUACGGCGAAAAGAAACUAAGAUGGCGGCCUCCGUGUUAGGGAGCCCGGCAUCGGUGCAUCUGAACCACAAGAAGAUCAGGGCAUUGUUAAAGAAAGAAAAACGAAAAAAGAAGAGACAAGCUCUUGCAAAACUAAGAGAUCCAGAAGAAAACAAAGAGGAGCCUUUGGAGGAGGAUGAGGAGGAAGAUGAAAUGCAGAAUGAGAUUGAAAGACAGAGGCUCCAUGAAGAAUGGCUGCUCCGGGAACAGAAAGCUCAUGAAGAAUUCCAACUUAAAAAGCAAAAAGAGGAAGCAGCCAGAAGACAUGAGGAAGAGGAGAGAAAAAUGAUAGAAGAAUGGAGACAGCAGGAAAUGAAGGAAAGAGCAGAGGAGCCGGAAGAAGUGAAGAAGAGAGAAAGAGAGGAAGCCGUGCAGAAGAUGCUGGAUGAAGCAGAGAGUCAGCUUGAAAAUGGUGGUAAUUGGCACAAUCCAGAGGCACCUGAAGGAUAUGGUACAGAAAAGGAUCGAGCUAAUUGCCCUUUCUAUCUGAAAACUGGUGCCUGUCGGUUUGGUGAGAGGUGUUCCCGUAAGCACUGCUACCCUUCCUCCAGUCAGACGCUGCUCAUCCGUGCUAUGUUUGUCACGUUUGGGAUGGAGCAAUGUAGAAGGGACGAUUAUGACACAGAUGCCAGCCUGGAAUACGGAGAAGAAGAAAUUUACCAGCAGUUUUUAGAAUUUUAUGCUGAUGUUGUACCCGAAUUUAAGAGUGUGGGCAAGGUCAUCCAAUUCAAGGUUAGCUGCAAUUUUGAACCUCAUUUAAGAGGAAAUGUGUAUGUCCAGUACCAGACGGAAGAAGAAUGCUUGCAGGCCUUUUCCCAGUUCAACGGGCGGUGGUACGCAGCGCGCCAGCUUCAGUGUGAAUUCUCGCCAGUCACCAAGUGGAAGUUGGCUAUAUGUGGGUUAUUUGAAAGGCAAAAAUGUCCUCGAGGAAAACAUUGCAAUUUCUUGCAUGUCUUCAGGAACCCAAAUAAUGAAUUCUGGGAAGCCAGCAGAGACAUUAACAUGUCACCAGACAGAAGUAACUUCUCUGAGAGAAGGGAUCGGACAGGAAGAUAUGAUGAUCAUUGGAUCUCCAGGAGAUACCGCAGCCCUAGCCUAGACUCCAAAAGAAACGGUAAUUCCAGCAGAAAAAAAAUCAGCCGACACAAAAGCAAGAAGAAGCACCACUCGCAUAGAUCAAGAAGCAGAGAAAGGAGAUCACGCAGCAGGGGCAGAAAGAAACACAAGCACAAAAACCAUAGCCGUAAUUCAAGAUCAGAAAGCCACAGCCGAAAUAGCAGAAGUCGUUCUAGAUCCAGGAGUCAAGGCAAAAAGAGCAGAAGUCGUUCUAGAUCCAGAAGCCGAGGCAAAAAGAGCAGAAGUCCAUCUAGAUCCAGAAGCCGAGGCAAGAAGAGCAGAAGUCGUUCUAGAUCCAGAAGCCGAGGCAAAAAGAGCAGAAGUCGUUCUAGAUCCAGAAGCCGAGGCAAAAAGAGCAGAAGUCGUUCUAAAUCCAGAAGCCGAGGCAAAAAGAGCAGAAGUCGUUCUAGAUCCAGAAGCCGAGGCAAAAAGAGCAGAAGUCCAUCUAGAUCCAGAAGCCGAGGCAAAAAGAGCAGAAGUCCAUCUAGAUCCAGAACUAAGCCAAAAAUAGCAAAACUCAUUGUAGAUCUAGAAGCCGUUGCAAAAAAAGCAGAAGCCGCUCUAUAUCAAAAAGACAUGGCGAAAAGGGCAGAAGUCAUUCUAAAUCCAGAAGCCAUGGCAAACAGAGUAGAAGUCGUUCAAAAUCCAGAAGCCGUGGUACAAAGAGCAGAAGUCGUUCAAAAUCCAGAAGCCGUGGUACAAAGAGCAGAAGUCUUUCUCGAUCUCGUGGCAGAAGACGGUUAAAAAGCAGAGAGAAGCUCUAAUGUGCGUGAACAUAAUUGUAUCAAGGAUAUUCUGGCCGGAUAUUCUGGCUACAGGUAGACUCAGCAGAUGCAUGGCAUGUCCGGUAUCCAUCUAUAGAUACAAUGUAUCCUCCUUAAUGGAUUGUUGGACAGUUACCAUUCUCAGAGCUGAGCUCACCAGUGUGAUGAUGACAUGCUGGUUUCUUCAUUGUUUCAGUUCAGUUCUCUCAAAUAAAAGUACCAGAAGUAUCUGUUCAUGUGUUUAUCAGACUUUUGCACACACAAGUUGUGAUAUCUUUGUACAUUUUCUUUUUAGCAAAGUGUAAAUAUUUUUAAAUAAAACUUAUUUGAAAUUA